AUGGCACACCAUGGGUACAUGAAGUAUCAGGACCACAUCUCGGUGGCCGAGUGUGAGCCUUGUCCCUACCACGUGUGCCACCGGGCCUACAUCCAGGUCGCGGACGACGAUGGGGAUGCCGAGUACAUGUGCGCCUGUGCCGCUUGCUGGUGGAGCUCAUGGCGCCUGGGCGACAUGCUGACGGGCUUCCUUUGCACGCCGUGGCACGAGUGGUGCGACUGGGACUGGUGCCUGUGCGCGUGCUGUGGCCUGCAGUGA